AUGUCUAGUGGCGGUCUAGGUCCGAUGCCGAUGGGCGUGACUAUGCACCAGCACAGGGAAGGAAAUACGCGCACAACGACAAAAAUGCUGUCAAGGACACAGGUGCUAAUUAAGAAGGAAUAUGUCGAAGUUCAGCAGCUGAAAAUCAGUGGAAUUGGAGCAUUUGAAUAUGCCAAAGAUAAUAUUUUUGAAUGGACUGGCACAAUUACCGGAUUGAAAGACACUCCAUGGGAAGGGGGCAAGUUUGAAGUCAAGUUGAAAUUUGGUCAUGAUUACAAUAACUGCCCACCGGAGGUCAAGUUUGUUACCAUUCCUUUUCAUCCAAAUGUGGAUGCAAAGACUGGUCAGCCCUGCUUGCGGUGCUUGGAGAAGGAGCAUUGGUCUCACAAUUGCACAGCACUGUACAUCUUGAUACAUUUGCAGGAGCUGCUCUCGCACCCUGACCCAGAAGAAGCUGUGAAUCUCCAAGCAGCUAACCUUCUCCUGUCCUCACCGCGUGCGUACAGACAGGCCGUGUUGGACUGUGUACUAGAGACUAUCAGAUUCCAAGCUGGAGUAUCUGACAUGCAGUUGUGUAAGGAUUGCAGCGGAGGCAGCAAGAACCGUGACGUCAUCGAGCAAUCCAGUGUACCAUCGCGCCCGCGCAAGCUCUCCUUUGAGGAGUACCAAGCAGUAUGGCAGCGCGUCGGCACUGCUUCAUGCACCGACCGCACAGAUAAGAAAAAUCAAGCAAAUCCAACAGAGACGAGCUUGCAGAAGUAA